AUGGCUGACAACCGUGCAGUAGAAGAUGGUAGUGAACAAGUCCGAACCGAACGUCCAAAUUCUCUCGGAUUUCCAAUGAAAUCCAACGAAACUCCCGAGACUUCUCGCUCAAACGAACAUGUUUUCUCUCCAGAUUCGGCCAGGCGGCAUCGAUUUUUCUCUGGACCUUCAAAGUUUGCAGCAGUUGUCGGGCAGGUUGUCGCAGCGAAGAACCACGAUGUUUUCCAAACUUUGCAAGAGACAUUGGGGGUCCUUCAAGAUGAGGCGGAAGUAUCAAGGGAUUCACACAAAAAAGAGGGUCUUUGGUGUCAUCCAUUUGAAAUUCCUCGCCAUCCCAUAGAGCAGAUUGAAAUGAAAAACGAAGAAAUUGACUUGGAAAGACAACAGUCCAAGAUGAUAGAGAGCUUAACUCCAGAUGAUUUCUCAGAGAUAGAGGAAGCCUUGAAGAAAGAUAAAGACGAUGAGCUAGGCUAUGGUGCAGAGCGACUUCCUUUUUAUCAAAGGCUGUCUAUUUCCGGCGGAGAUAUAAGCGGGGUAUGUAAAUAUAUUUGGACAGUGCACCUGCAUGUAGUCUACCAGCUCUAGCCGUAGUUGAGUAACUUUCGGUUUCUAAAGAUUUCUACAAAUGCCACGAAAUAACCGUGGUGAAAGGAUAUUAUGUGGAUAUUUUAGGGAGGAAUUGCAUGUUAAUCACUCGUGGGAGUCAAAGGAUUAACUUGCAGUGCUCUAGCUUCUCGAGGAGUACUUGCCCAACAGCUUCCAACUCAUGAAUCAGCAAUAAAAUUUGUUUUGUUUCAGGUGUCCAUUGAUGAGCUGCAGCAGGCUGCCAAGCUCCUAGUAGAGGCCUUGUUCAUCAGAUCAAAGUAUAUGGCCAUGAGUAUGCAAAGCUUUUGUUCCACAACUGCUCGGAAACUGAAGACUGUGCAUGAAGAUUUUGAUACAGAGGCGCAGUAUUUUCACUUAAAGAGACAUUCCAUUGAUGACGAUUUAGGUAGGUACUCCCCCAGCUUGGAAUGCAAGGUUCCCUCUAGCAUUUCGUUAACUUAAAGUUUAUUCAUAGUCUGCUAGUACCCGUAUAUACUCAAGAGUGUUAAGAGACACUGAGAGAAUUAUCUGUGUUCAGGCCAAUUAAUGGUUAACCCUUCAACUCCCAAGAUCUGAUUGUUAAUUCUCCAUUCUAGCUGUUGAACUUUUUUCCAGUAAAUUAGUUUCAAGAACUUGGUAUUGAAGUUCAAGAUGACAACGUGUACAUGACAUAAGUUUUUAUAUUACAUUUUUUAAUGACAAUGUAUGGAGACUAUAAAGAGAUGUUACAUGUUGAUCACUUCUGGUAGCCAGUGUUUGUUUCAUAAAGUGUUUGCUGUUACUCAGUGUUUAGAAUUAGGCAUGAUAUUAGAGCUUAAGAAAUGACAUUGAAAUGCCAUAAGAUACAUCUGGUGUUUCCUUUUAUCCGACUAAAUUUAUUCUCAAAUUUUUUUUCUAAGACACCUGCCUUCUACAGCCAUUUUCAAUUCAGUCACCAUUUGACAUUGAGGUACCUGGUGACUGUGGGUAUAUCUUUGAGAUGAUUGAUGGUGUCUACCAUAUCACAGCUUGUAAAAGAGACGUCACCAGUGAUUUUACUGUCAGUGACUCAGCCCAACCAGUAACACACCCUGCUCCAAAUCUCCAGGAAUUUUUUGAAGAUCAAAACAUUCUCCUGGCUCUAUCAACUCAUGGACCUAUGUAAGUAGCUUAUUAUGAGCAAACCAUAAAUAUUUUGUUCUUUUAUUCCAGAGGUGAUCAGCAUCUAAUUUCUCCUUGUUAGAUCAAUUUAAUAUCAAUCAAAAAGGUUAUGGUCUGGAAUAAAUACAUCUAUCAACUAGAGGGUUUUCACUCUUGUUAAUCAUCAAAUUCUCCUAAGAAAUUUAUGGGAAAAUGCGCAAUAACCAGAAGAGAGAAUUGCAAGGUUCUGUAAACAGUUAUUAAGCCAGGAAUUUUUUCAUAGUCAGAAAGUAGACAUUACAGUCUGAUUUUAGAAGGGGGGAGGAUGGGGAAAGAAACAUUCUUGUCUCUAGGAAUGUUUUGGCCUGAAAAAAUGUUUGAUACAAUUACGAUCACUCAGACGCUUCAUUAAUUUACUCUGGCUGUAUUAUAUUUUUGUGUUUUCUCAGAAAGUCAUUUGCGCACCGACGUUUGAAGUACCUAGAUUCUCGACACAGUCUUCAUUCCCUGCUAAAUGAGAACAGGGAACUAGCAGCUAUGAAGGAUGUUCCACAUAGGGACUUUUACAAUGUUAGAAAGGUUUGUCAAGUUCUUUAAUCUUGCUUGUUCUUGUGUGCUAAUGUAUAGCUAUGUAUUGGAUUAACUUUCUUGUUGGUCAAGGUUUUAUUUAUGACAGUAAGUAGCUUGAACUGGGAAGUAACUCAUAGGAGUUUGAUGAUAACCUCUGCGAAGGUUGAAACAAGAUGAUGUAGCAUAGAAAGUGAAAUUGGGGAUUGAAUGAUCAAUAUUCCUCUUGAGCACUUCAUUUUUCAUUUUUUGGUUGGAGGGGGGGGGAAUUGCAAUUUAUUUGUAUACUGGUUUAAGGCUAGUAUUGUCACUGAUAUGUGUGGCUGAAUGGUUAACUUCAGGUUGACACUCAUGUACAUGGAGCAUCCUGUAUGAAUCAGAAACACUUGCUGCGUUUUAUAAAACGGAAAAUGAAGUAUAACGCUGAGGAUUUAGUUACGGUCCAUGAAGGAAGGGAGAUCACAUUACGAGAGGUAAGGAUGUGAAGUAUGUGAUUUCUUAGAGAAAGAUGUGAAACAUUUUUUGAUUAAAGGGGAGAAAGAAAAAAAAUAGAGUCCUUUGUGAGGAUUCAAACCUUAUGCCUUUUGGCAGUUUUAUCCUCUUCCAGCAUAGCAUCAGUCAUGACAACUCAUUGGUCAGUUAGGUGAGUCAAGCAUCUUGCGUUCUGCCAGGAUUAGCUGUGUUAAAGGCUUCCUAUUAGAGAUGAUGUUGGUAAACGUUUUUCAUGAAUGUGGGGCAAAGAAAAAACUAAUGAUUACCAUAGGUGCAAAGUGGCAGAAAAUUCUUCAAAUGAUAGGUAAUUAGAGUCUGUGUAAAGAUUUUUUGCUUGUGGUAUCUUUCAAAUCUAGAUAAUGUAAACCAAUAAAACUUCUACUCUUGAUCAGUUACAGGAUAUGUGUGUUGUACAUUGCGAUAUAUGUCAUUUUUUAUCUGUAUGCUUAGAAAAGAUAUGACCCCUAAACUUUUUUAGUUGCCUUUAUCAGAGGCCUACAUCUUUGUACACUGUAUGCAUUGCAGACCUAUUAUAGGCCUCAUAUGAGUGAUUCUUGAUUUUUCAUCAGGUCUUUGCCAUGUUGAAGCUGACCCCAUAUGAUCUAAGUGUUGACAGAUUGGAUGUACAUGCUGUGAGUGUAUUGAUUCAAUAUUGUAUAUGUUAUCUUGUUUUUAGAUUCUCUGUCAGUCUUGUAUUCUGUUAUUUCAGAAAGAUGAUUAUGAUGGAUCGUUACUUUGAAUAAUAUAUCCCUACUUGAUGCUCUCUGAAGAAAAAUGAAUAACCUGCCAUUGAAAUUAGCAAGCAAUCCAGGGAGAGAGGCAAUAUCCUUUAGUUAGUGACUUCUGAUGCAACUGAAACUCCAACUAGCUCACAAUUUUUUUCAAAGUCAGUUUUUUUUUUUCAAAGUUGAACCCUAACAUUAUUUAAUGCAGCUGUAGAAAGAUAGUGUGACCAGCAUUUAAUUCCUCCAUACAGUUUUAAUACUGCUAAAUCAUUCAUUAGCCCUUUACUCCUUAACAUCAGUAAGCAUAUUCUCCACUCUGUUCUUUAUACAUUUCCUAAGGUGCUGACAAGGAGAAUUUGUUUGCCAGUCAAAAGGUUUCCUCCCUGGUGACCAUUUCCUUUGUUCUUAUGACCUUAAUAUGUGAUUCAGGAGUGAAUUGUAGGGAGAAAUUAGAUGCUGGUCACUCUUAGGGUUUAAAGGGUUAAGAUAAUGAGAUUAAAGGAAAUGAUCUCUGACCAGAGAAGCUUUGACUUUUUGACAAAUUCUUCCUGUUAUUACCAAACAAAAGACAUAGAGAAGAUUAUGGAGAAUAUGGAUAUACUGAUGUUAAAACACCAAUGUACUCGAAAUAACCAGUUUGGAAUAUUUUACAAAUACAUGCUUUAUAUAUUUCAGGACAGGAACACUUUCCACCGCUUUGACAAGUUCAAUACCAAGUACAACCCCAUAGGUUUGACUUUUGCUUCUCUUUUUUUUCCCUUUCACUCCCCAAGAUCUUAACCCUUUAACUCCCAUUAGUGACGAAGAAAGAACUUCUCCUUACUCUAUCUAUACAACAUCAGGCAGACAAGUGAUGAGAAUAAAGGAAAAUAUCAAUUAUGGGAUUACAAAUUGAUCUGAUACCAGAUUCUCCAAACUACCAUAAUGAGAAUAAUUAGGCUGGCAGUAAGGAGAAUUACUGAUGAGAUCUUGGGAGUUAAAGGGUUAAAGUUAAUUCUCUAUACUGCCCACAAUACAAUUCUUACAAUUUUAGCUCCAAAAAAUUUGUAUUGAAUCAAACAAUAUCCCCUAACCUUUCUGCUGUAAAAUGUACUCAUAAGCCAACUAAAAGGUGAGUUGAAAUUCCUUUUUGGUCACUGCUGGGAGGGUUGUCAUUUGUGAAUUUGUUUGGAAGCUCAGUGAUAUUUUUUUGCCUCUAGGUGAAAGCAGGUUGAGGGAGAUCUUUCUUAAGACAGACAACCACAUCAAUGGCCGUUACUUUGCAGAGAUGUUGAAGGAAGUCAUAGCUGAUUUAGAAGAAAGCAAAUAUCAGAAUGCUGAAUACAGGAUAUCCAUUUAUGGGAGAGCAAAGAAUGAAUGGGAUAUCCUGGCUUCUUGGGCAGUUCAACAUGACAUGUAUUCAGACAAUGUGCGCUGGCUCAUUCAAAUUCCUCGACUGUAGUGAGUAGUGUUAUUUUAAUUAAUAUUACGAUCCACAAUAUACACCUCUGUCUAGAAUAUUAUCAGAAGCCUUUUUCAAAUCAAUUUCAUUACAGUAUUUUUUUUUUUUCAGAACAACAGAACCUAGUUGAGUUAAAAUGAGUUGGCCUCCCAAAAAAGCAAAAUACUAUUCAAAGAGCAAUUUUCAACUGGUUAUUGAAAGAAAUCAAGAAUUCCAUUAGCUUUGCAUCACCUUACUCUUGCAAUUGGGCAAGAAAAUCAAUCCAGUCAAAUGCUGUAUUAAAGUGCAACUUGGUCCCUCAGUUUUUCUUGCACUAUAAGCCAACUAUGAUUGUCUGCACUGAGUUCUCAUUGGCCUUUUCUGGUGUUUUCCCCUGUUAUGAUUGGCUAUGGUGAUUACAUGUAUUUUGGCUUUGAUCUGGUGACACUUGAUAAUCAAUAUAAAGUCUAAUCUAAUUGUUGAAUUAGACUGUAUUCUAUUUUGUCUUUUUCAUUUUAGUGAUAUCUAUCGAUCAAAGAACAUUGUGAACAAUUUCCAAGAGAUGUUGGAGAACAUCUUCCAUCCAUUAUUUGAGGUCACAGUCAAUCCACAGGCACACCCAGACCUUCACAAAUUUCUUACUCAGGUAUUAGUCAAGAGCAACUCAUAUUUAGCUGUCUUCAGAAAUAAAUGGGCUUUCUGUGCUUAUUGUUAAGUUCUCUAUCCCAUAUAGUGUUUACUUUCAAUUGUAACAUGAUGAAGUAUGAAUAUUUGGAACAUUCUGGGGAUCUUUCAUGUGUUGUGAUGAGAGAUUUGUAUUCAUUUGGUAAUCAGGAUGUGGGAGCAAAUAUUGUUCCUGAUUACAGUUUUGUUUUUUGCCUUAUCAACUUUAAGGUCUUCAUAGUACAAUAUUUCUCUUGAUAUAUUAAAACAUAUUUUUUGUAUAACAGUAAAGCAAGAGCUUUACUUGUGAAUCUACCUGCUGUUCAUACAGUUAUAAAGAUGCUAACAAAGGUUUGCAUUAGCAGAGCAACAAGAGGGAAAAAAUGAGAGACAACUUGGUGAAAUUAAAAAAAAAAAAUAAAGGAAAGAUGUUGAUAUGUCGUAAGACAGAUAAAAGAUAACCAACUAUUGACACCAUCUAAUUUUCUAAGGUCUCUUUUUUUAAUAUUUCUUAGCUGGGAAUUCUAUGAGAGGAUCACUGUUUUGAUUUCUACUUCAUUGUCAACAGGUUCUUGGCUUUGACAGUGUGGAUGAUGAGAGCAAAGCUGAAAGUCAUUUGUUUUCAACCAAAAGCCCUUUGCCUGCCGACUGGAACAACACAGACAACCCACCCUAUGCAUAUUACCUCUACUACAUGUAUUCCAACAUAGUGGUGCUAAACCACUUACGAAAGUAGGUCUGAUCCUUGUUAUUAACCCUUUACACCCUAAGAUCAGUAUUCAUAUUCUCCAUACUCUGCUCUGUACACUUUCUUUGUUAUUGACAAGGAGAAUUUGUUUGACAAUCAAAACUUCUUAGGUUGGCAAUGAUAUCCCUUAUUCUUGUGAUCUUAAUGAAAGAGUUAGCAUUAUUACUGUAAGGAGAAAUUAACUGAUGGUCAAUCUUUAAGUGUGAAGGGUUACUGGUAAUAAAAAUAUUUUUUUAAUCAAGGUAAGUUUGAACUCAUUUGGUUGCUUUUCACAGGGAGCGUGGUUUUAACACAUUUGUUUUGCGACCUCAUUGUGGAGAGGCUGGUCCUGCCCAUCAUUUGGUAUCAGCCUUCAUGUUGGCUGAGAACAUCUCUCAUGGUCUUCUUCUUAGAAAGGUUUGCUGUUUCACAAAUUUUAUUAAAUUAUGAACCAAAGUCUGAGUUUGUGUACGGGAGAAGGGGUGCCCCAAUAGCCAACCCAUUAGGGAAGGUUAAACACUUGAUCAGGUCAUUGUGUUGUGUUGUUCAGCACAAUACUGUACUCCUACAGUGUCUCUUUUGUCCACGAGUAUUAGUUAUGUAUCUUUAGGGGUUUCUAUAAAAACCAGUUACUGGUGGUCAACUGCUGCCUGUGAGAUCUCUCAGUGGCAUCUGUAGAGUUUGCAAGCAGUCUUUUUGUUUGGUUUUUGCAGAGUUUAUCUAGAAUUUUGUUUUUACAAUCAGCCCAAGGUAGUUAAAGAUGGACUGCUUUGGUUUCAUGGAUGUUCAUUUUGUUUUAUUUACAGGUACCAGCCCUGCAGUACCUCUACUACCUGGCUCAGAUUGGAAUUGCCAUGUCUCCCCUGAGCAACAACUCUCUCUUCCUUAACUAUCAGAGGAAUCCUCUUCCAGAUUUCCUGGGUCGCGGCCUGAUGGUAUCAUUGUCAACAGAUGAUCCCCUCAUGUUUCAUUUUACAAAGGUAGUUUGAAUUUUGAUGCUGUAUGUUUGAGUCUCCUGGUUUUUAGUCUAUCUGGUUUGUCAUUGAGGAGUACACUUGUACAUAUGACCCUUGGACCUUGAGAUUUAUGCUAGAGAAGAAACUGUUUGAUUGUUAACAUCUGCCUGACCCACCUUACCCAAAUUUUAAAGUUCCUUUGGCUAUCCAAGACAUAUCUGUAUGGCAGCCUGAAUUUCCAAACUUGUGGCUGAUCCUACUUGUAGCAAACUAGACAUUGAAACUCAGAAUAUCCAUUCUUUUACCUGAUCAACAACAGUCCUCUUAAUUUCAGUCAUGAGAAUUUAGUGUCACAUUAGACUCUCUCAUCAAGGUGAUUGAUGGGUAUAUUUUAUUCACCUGUGCUGGGCUAUGUGUUUACUUAGUAUUCUGAGAAGAAACUGAUCCUUUUAAUUUCCAUUUUAAAUUGACAGGAACCACUGAUGGAGGAGUACAGCAUUGCAGCUCAGGUUUGGAAACUCAGUCCAUGUGACAUGUCUGAACUGGCUAGAAACAGUGUGGUUAUGAGUGGCUUUGAAAAUAAGGUAAGAUGUUUCUCUGACUUGAGAGACUUUUGGAGAAUUUUGCCUUGAAUGAUUAAUAAUGUGUUACAAUCGCAAUUGCAAGGUAAUUGUAUGAAAAUACAACAGAGGUUUGAAGGGUACCAAACUGUGCAAAAACUUCAGAAUGCCCCCAAUUUAUGUUCUUGGACUCAAGGGGAAGUAGUGUGACAAAGAGGUUAGGGUGCUGGUCUUAUAUCUGGCGGUCCUUGGUUCAAGCUGUCCACUCUGCCACUCACUGGUCCUAGUUCAGCAAAACUAGAGAUUAAAUGUUUUUUUUGACCACCAAUUUUAAACCACCUGAGCCAGAUUUUCACUUACUUUUGGCACACAAUAAUGUAAACUCAUCACAGGUGAAAUGUUUUGACAGGUGAAACGUCACUGGAUUGGUGAUAACUAUGGCAAAGAAGGACCUGCCGGAAAUGACGUAACGAAGACCAAUGUUCCGGAUAUUCGGGUUGCAUUCCGUCACGAGACUUUGGUAGAGGAACUGAGCACACUUUGCACAGCUGCACGUGUCUAGUGUAUGUCUGCUUGUUAACAUGUGUCCAAUGUACAAAUGCACAUCUCCAAAUCACGCCAUUUAAACAUGUAACAAACAUAUUCAACUUCCUUUGAUAUCAUAGAUCUCAAGCCAGCCCAAUCCAAGAUAUUUACUCUAGAGAGAGGCCUAGCUCCCUUUCCCAGCCUUAAUUGGGUUUUAAAAGAAAUAUGAAAAAGAAAUUAUUUAGAUCUGGAGUCAGUAAAGUAUAUUAAAAUCAAUUCAAUGAGGGUAUAUGAGACAAUUAUACUUUAUUUAUUGAUAUUAGACAGCAGUCAUCGAUCAAUGCCUCUCAUUUAAACUUCUUUAUGAGCUAAAGAACUAAGAUUGAAAAAUGAUAAUCUCUUUGGCACACUGUAAUGAUCGCAGUGGUAGCAUUAUUUUGGCAUAGGGAAUACAAAAUUUUUACUUAAGGUAUUGAAAUUAUUAUAGAUAAAAUACUGUUCAUUCAAUUGACAUGCAUUUGCUUGAAAAUAUUAGACACGAUUUAUUUAUGUUUCCAAUAAGUGAUGUAUGGCUCAUUAUGCAAGAUGUCACCUGAGCAUACAGCCACCAUUAUUUAAAACAUUUGUCCCCACUUAUAACUGAGGCAAAAAAACAGAUUAUUUGCGAGCAUUUUUUUCUGCUCAAUCAUUUUCUCUUUAAUGUAAUUUAUGAAUUGUAUUACUGUCAACACAUCUUUGAUAUAAACAUAAAUUGUAUUUUUGGGAUGUAAGUUGAAAUGGAAAUGAGUUAUUGAGAUUUUAUUUUUAUUUAGUAUGCUACAAUAUGAAAAGUUAGUGUAAAAAGAGAGCAUAUAUAUUCCUUGUAAUCAACUUCAUUAAAGAUUUUUU